AUGAUAAGCAAUCAGGCGUUGCUACUUCUGGUGCUCUUCAACCUGUGGCCCAGUACUGCCCUUCCUUUCAUGCCUGGGAAUAUUAAGAAUCUGUUUGGGAUGCCAGAGAGUGAUGGAAAGGUUCUUCAGCGUUCCAAACGAGGAUGGAUGUGGAACCAGUUCUUUCUGCUUGAGGAAUACACAGGAAACGACCAUCAAUACGUCGGCAAGCUGCACUCUAACAUGGAUAAAGGUGAUGGCACUGUGAAGUACGUCCUGACCGGAGACGGGGCAGGCACCCUGUUCCUAAUUGACGAGAAGUCUGGAGACAUUCAUGCCACGAAGAGGCUGGAUCGAGAGGAGAAAGCCAUGUACAUGCUCCAUGCCAAGGUUCUGGACAGGAACACCAAUGCAGAACUGGAGCCCGACACUGAAUUCAACAUCAAAAUUCAUGACAUCAACGACAACGCACCAAAAUUUGCAAGGGAAAUCUACUUUGCCAGUGUCCCAGAGAUGUCUGAAGUUGCUGAUGUCAACGACAGUCCGCCGCGUUUCGCUAACCAUUAUUUUCGUGUGACGACCGUGGAGUCUACAGAGAUCGGUGGUGCCAUUGGACGCAUUAAGGCUGAUGAUCCAGAUGUGGGCGAUAAUGCUCAUAUGCAAUACAGUAUUGUUGAUGGUCAUGACACAUUCAAUAUCACAACUGACCAAACUACUCAGGAGGGAGUUAUCAUAAUCAAAAAGGCACUGGAUUAUGAAAGUAAGAAGGACUAUGAGUUCAGAGUGGAGGUGAGAAACGCCUUCUUUGAUGCACGGUUCGUCAGUGGUGUGCAAUUCCAAGACUCCACCACGGUCAAGGUCACGGUAGAAGAUGUGGAUGAGCCCCCUGUAUUCACCAGGAACCCUUAUAUCAUUGAAGUGCACGAGGACACGGCUGCUGGCAGCUUUGUUGGUGUUGUGUUGGCCAGGGACCCAGACGCUGACAACAAGCCAGUCAAAUACUCCAUUGACCGACACACAGAUCUUGAACGGCUGUUUAGCAUCGAUUCCUUCAAUGGCACCAUCACAACACUGAAAGCGCUGGACAGAGAAAUGUCCAGAUGGCACAACAUUUCUGUGGUGGCCACUGAAAUAAAUAAUCCUCGUCAGACCACUCGAGUGCCGGUGUUCAUCAAAGUACUGGAUGUCAAUGACAACGCACCAGAGUUUGCAAUGUCCUACGAUACAUUUGUCUGUGAGAAUGUCAAAGCAGGACAGUUGAUUCAGACAAUAAGUGCUGUUGACACAGAUGAACCUCUUGUCGGACACAAGUUUGUCUUCAGUAUGCGUGGCACCAACCCAAAUUUUACUAUUGUUGACAAGGAAGACAACACUGCCAACAUCCUGACGAGAAGGGGGGGAUUCAGCCGGCGGGAGAUGAGCAUGUACUUCCUCCCUGUCGUGAUCUCUGACAACGAUUACCCCAUUCAGAGCAGUACCAGUACAUUGAUCGUGCGCGUGUGUGCUUGUGACAGUCGUGGAAACAUGCAGUCAUGCAAUCCUGAGGUCCUGCCCUUUUCAGAUGGUCUCACAACUGGAGCUCUUGUGGCCAUACUUCUCUGUGUCAUUAUUCUGCUCAGUAAGUACCCUCACAUGAGACCAAGUGCAUGGACUUCUAUAUAA